AUGCAGCGUCGAUUAUCGUUUUGCUGUCCUUUCUUGACAGCUUCAGUUUCUCUUCACACUUCACAGCGGUUUUUCUACGAUAAGAUUCGUGAAAAACGUGAACAAAGUGAUGAUGGCCCUGGAGAUAUGUUUUAUGAGUUUCCCAAAAAUCCAUCCUCUAAUCGUGUGCCGGAGGAAUUUCACAAAACAAAUGCCGAUGCGGUUGGGGCUGCAGAGAAGUUACAACGUUGUUUUCUUCUGGCCUUUAUUAUAGUAGUUCCUAUUGCAUUGUUUGGUGGACUUGUGGAUCCCUUUAAUGAUGGUUUUCACCGACCGGAGGGCUACGGCACUCACGGUGUUGGCGCUCGACACAUUGGCGAAGAGAAAAUAAAUACAGCGAGACGUGACUAA